CAUCAGGUGGUUAUUGGCUCCCAGAGCGUCGGUACAAAUCAGCAGAGCUGUCAGCAGCGUCUCCACUCAGAUUAUCGCCGGUGAAGCUGCGUCUCUGCAGGAGGAACCAGGCUGAAGAUGUCGAGCGAGAAGAACCCGGAGGUGGUGGGAUGCGACGCCUCCAUCAUGAGGAACGUCUGGGAGAUCCGGAUGAGGGAGUUCGGACAGAGGAUGCUCCUGGAGCAGGAGCGGCUGGAGAGGAGCGCGCUGCCCGCCAUCAACAAGGACUGGGCAGAUCGUAUGACUGCCAAGAUGGGCAAAUACAAAAGAGUGGAGAGGAAAGUUGCACCUUCCGAUAUCCAACCAGACGACAACAUCUGGAAGAGCAAGCAACCGCUGGUUCCUCAGGGAGUUCCUCUUGGCAGAGGUUUGGGUCCCGUUGGCAGACCAGCAGUCCCGGCAAGAAGCUUUUCUGCUCAAGCCCCAAAUCUCAAGGACAAAAAGGUGCAAGACAAGAGUUUCAACAAACUUCAGCUUCUCAUGUCAAUCACCAAAACUCAGCCAUCAUCUCUGGUGUGGGGCAAGGCUUGGAAGUUCAACAAGUCCUUACCGUCACCAGCAGAGGGCGCAAGUCCAGACUGGGGGCAGUCCUGGAUGUUUGCUCCCUAUCAACCUCGAGCUGAAGAAGGUAAGCCUUGGCCAAACGAGCCCAAGCUGGUGGAUCCACAAAGCUAUCAUCUCUGGAGAAAAGCCUUUUACAAGAUGGUGGAACCACAGGAGCUAGACCUGAAUCUGCCUGCUGACGAAUGGCAAACAUCCUGGAAAAGAUUUGAGAAAAUCAAGAAAGAUUCCGCUGAAGAUGAAGAGAAAGCCUAUAAACAUGGAUUCUUCACUUCACUGGUGGAAACCCAGCACCAGAAUGAAUCUUGUGUUCAUCAGAGUGGAGUGAUUCCUGGACGUCCACCAAGCCAGGCAGCGAAGGUUUACUGCAAGCAACGCAACAGCUUCAAGCUUCCUCGCCAUCAGAAACCGCUCAGUCCAGAAUGGGCCAGUUCAUGGAGAACAGCAGCCGGCGUCUUCAACAAACAGAGUUCCUCUCAGAACCAGCAUCACGGCUUUGACGAUCACAGCCUGGAGAGAGACGGUUUUUACAAAAUCACCUCUGCAACUCGUAAGAGAGACCUUCAGUUCUGCAAUAAAUUUGAGGCGAUGGGCGACUGGAGCAAGUCAUGGGAGAUACCAAAGAACAACUCAAAACCUUGUGCUGAGAUAGAUAAAGUUCUCAAAGCCUCACCGCCGAAGAUAGAUGUUGAGACUCAAAAGGUGGAAAAGAUCCCUCAGAAACCCAACAACCAGCUUAAUACCAAAGGUAGAUCCAAAGAACUCAGUGAUCAAAGAGUGAUUUUACCAACAAAGAUCAAAAUGAAGAAGCAACUGGUAUCUGGGAUGGAGAAGGAGAAACAAUCUGAGAGGAAGUGGGCAGGAUGCCACCUCCUGGGUAAAACCCAACCUCGUCCCAAGAAAGGCAGCGGUUCUAACAGGAAGCUCCCGCCUGACGACAGCGUCUAUAAGAAAUUCCUGGAGGAAUGGGGAGAGUCUUGGAGAUUCUUUGUCCGUCCUGAAAACCUGAAAAAACAGAUGAGCUUCAAGCCAAUAUCUGGUUGGGAUGAAUCCUGGAAGUUCCUCCUUCCACUGUACUGA